AUGUCUAAUAUCAAAGAAGUAGUAGUAAACGAACUCCAUAAGCCAGCUAGAAAAAAUUUUAGAAGACACGUUUUAGUUAGAGGAUUAAAUGAUUUAAUUCAAGCAGAUUUGGUGGAAACGAUACCUUAUCCAAAGGUUAACAAGGGUUACCGAUACAUUCUUGUCGUUAUAAACGUAUUUAGCAAGUUUGUGUGGGCGGAACCUGUUAAUCGCAAAACCGCAAAAGAAGUGAGUAAUGCUAUGGCUAAGAUCUUAUCCCAGAUGAAAUACAUGCCACAUAAUUGUCAGACAGAUUUAGGCAAGAAGUUUUACAAUAAAGAAUUUAAGAACUUGAUGACACAAUUCAAAAUUAAUCAUUACAGCACGUACUCAAAUUUAAAAGCUAGUGUUGUGGAAAGAGGCUACGACACCCACCCUCCGAAGAGCGACGAUUUCCCCGGCAGACCACCAGCUGGGGUGGUGGCAGCUACCUCCUCUAGUAAAGAGGGUUCGAAUAGAAUACACCGCUCAGACACCAAAUAG